UUCAAAGUUUAGACUGAGUCACAAAUUCCCACACUGGUGAGAAGGGGUCAUCAGGCGGAUCAUCAUACCGGAACAUAGUUUAGGCGGAGUAAGGAGCACUGUAUUGAUUUUACUAGCUAGUUAUGUCCUUAUCUAAAGAACAAGGGAUGGUAGCACCUCGACAGCCGAAAUGCACCCGGUGCCGACACCAUGGGAUCAUCGUCCCGCAGAAAGGCCACAUUAAGUACUGUCCUUUUCUUAAAUGCGACUGCUGGAAGUGCUAUCUCAUCACACAGCGGACUCGGAUCACGGCCCUCCAGCGAAACCUGAAGAGAACCCAAAAUAAAGAGCAGCGAGCUUGCGGCCACCCAGCGGCUGAGGGCACCUGUUGCGCCUCGGCCCCGGACGGAGGUGCUAGUCCGUCGGCCACAUCUGGACUGACGUGUCCCCCAUCGGGAGGGGCCCAGGAGUCUGCUGCCAACACCAACUGGAGCCCUCUCGACCUCCGGAUCAAACCAGCCGAGGAAGGGGAGAAUGUAGCCGCUUUGGACAGCAGAGAGGUGCUGCCCUUCGCUUCCAGCGAGGAAGGACCAAGUACACCUUUUAAUGCUCCUUACUUUGGUGAAUAUCGCCAGACAUCACCUCUGCCUUUUAUUCACUACCCAGUUAGGAUGUCAGGUCCACACCCCAGCAGCUGCGCACCAUGUGCAAACGUCCUGUUCAGAAUGCCAUGGUUGCCACCUGUGCCUGCUGGGCUUUACAACAAUAGCCUCUGUGGACCCCUGAUGUUCCCCCACUUCCAGUCGGGUGCUGUGCAAUACCCACCUCCACCAAACCCUGCUGCUGAUUGUGGAACAGUAUUUUUCACUGUCCCAGAGCCCUUCCAGGACGAGCUGAUGUCAAGGCAGCCCCCUCUGUCUGAGCAAACUCAGCAGGACAUACAACAACUGGAUUCAAGCACAUAAUAUGUGGAAUAGAACCUGAGCUAUUCUUUAGUUCCCGUGGCAUCAUUGUUCCUGUGCCUUAUUAAUAUAGUCAUGUAGGGUUUCUUUAUAAAGGAAGUCAGAACUCAAUUGUCUGCAUUUUAACUUUUUUUACAUCAUAAAUCAGUUUAAAAUCUACUAUUUAUUAAUCAGUUAUAAAUUUGCACUUUGCUGUUGCAGCAGUGCAACAUACCUGUCAUAUAUUGUUUGCGUUAUGUUUGCAAAUAAAAAUAAAAGUUGUGGGUUUACUUUUCA